CGAGCAGGCAGAAGUGCUGCGUGCGAAUCCCGAGAGCUGCAAACGGCUUAAGGGAACAAUCGUUCAGUCCCGACCUUCACCAUUUUUGUCGCGAUGAUACGAUUGAAAUAGUCGCUUCAGAGCGCCUGCAGCAAAUUUUACUCGGUAUAAUUACGCAAGAGACGAAAUGAGCCACCUAAAUGCCGGUCUUCUGUCGGCCUACAACAGCCUUACAGACAAACAUCUGGCUGGAUACUUCAGUAACACGCGGAUCAGACGACACCUGGUGAAAGUAGGGCUGAUCACACGGAGUGGGAGCAUUGUCCCAGAUAAGGAGUACAAGUACAAUGUGAUGAGGAAAUACCAUGAAAGGCACAUGCGUGAAUGUCUGGCCCAAGCCAUAUUCAACAAGGUGUUGGACAUAGAGCGACACCACCAUAUACAAAUCAAGAAAAAACUGGAGGAUUUUGCACAAAGGGAACGUGUGAAUAAAAUCAAGGUGGAACGUUCCAGAAGAUACAAUGGUGACAUCAUUCCUUUACGUUCUCCGAGGCCUCCGUCAGGCCCCAGAAAUGGACAUACUUGGCAUUCUGGGCCAGAAGUGGAACCGUCAGAGUCCUCUGAAUCUCCUGGUUCCUCUCGGCCCAACACGGCCCCAGAGAAAAUUCAGAGGCCCAUCCGGCUCCAGCCCAUAAACAGUGGCUCCACCCACAGGCCAUCCCAGUCCUCCAGCCCCAGGACUUCCUCUGGGGACAAGGAGCGGCUUGGCAGCACUGUGCUGGAACGAGAUCCCGUGAGGCAUGUGGCAACGGGCAAGUAUUCCAGUGGGAUAUCUCCUUAUUGUCUUCCGGUCAUCAAUAAUUUUGUCACUCCAGUGCCCCCUUCAUCCAAAAGAAAAGCAAGAAGUUUUAAAAGCACCCCCAAUGGAACUAUGAGGGGAAGAAAAUUGCGUCCCACCACAGCUCCCAGCAUUCCCGCGGUCACAAAGGAGUCCAAGUUCCAUAAGAUGUCGACACACAGCAGUGCGUCAGUAACAAUGGUGCUUCACUGCAAGUCGCUGAGAAUUUCUCACAAUGACAUAGACCUCAGGCAUGAGGUGAAGGUCUUCCAGCAGCACUGUGGAGGGGAGAAUAUCUGCGUGUACAAAGGGAAGCUAAGAGAGGGAGAGCCUUUCCGGUUCAUCUCGCGACGGCACCGUGGCUUCCCCUUCAGUCUCACUUUCUACCUCAAUGGCCUGCAGGUGGAACGCCUGAGCUCUUGCUGUGAGUUCAGGCACCGAAGGGGCUUCAGACUUGGGGGGAAGCGUGGCCACUUCAGCUUUGUCAGUGUGGAUGGGGCCUCUCCAUGCUACAAGUGUAUCAUUGCUAUGGGUCUAGACAAGAAGCCCACCCCUCCCCCAAUUGGAAGACAGCAGGACACAGAAGGAGAAGGCUUUCUUGGUAAUUCCCUGGAGAUGACUGAGGACUCCAGAGACAAAGAGAAAGAAAAUGUCAAAGAGGAUAGUCAGUGCAAUAUGCAAGCAGAAUCCAGCCAAGGACAUGACAGCAACCACAGGGAUUCUGAGGAGAAAGAUAGUAUACAAGACAAGGAGGAGGACAAAGCAAAAGAUGGCUACGACGAGGACUUUGAAGCUGAUGACGAAAGAGUAGAUGAUGAGAGGGAUGAGUCAGAACCUCAUGCAAUGAAUAAAGAGACCUCUUCUCCAUCUAAUGAAGGCAGGGAUUUUCAAAGUGAAAGCAAAGAAGACAGAGAGAUUGACAACCAAGAGAGUGAGGACAAUGAGAAAGACAUAUACACUGACAGUGAGGCUGAAGAAGAUGACAAAAUCAGAAAGAAGACAACGCCCUCUCUCUCUUCUAGGACUUCCUCUUUCUCCUCAGACAACAGCAAUGAGGACUCUGAGAGUGAAGCAGAAGAGAUGAAGGAAGCCAUGCCUGAUAGAGCUUCCAGCUCUAUCUCCAAAGUAGAAUGGACAGAGGAUGAUAAGACAGGGCAAGAUGUAGAGGAGCAUAUCCAGUUGGAGCAUAGUGAAGAUGAUCCCAGACAAGGUAGGUUGAAAGAACUGAAGGCUUCUGAAGAACCUAUGAAAGCAGCAUCUACAGAUAACGACGAGGCUACUUCUGAUGCAAACGUCAAAACCACACCAACAGUGGAGGCCGUAGGCCUUGAACCACUAGAUAGUGCAUUGGACAGGGCCAGCUUGGAGGGCUCUCUCAGUAACAUGCAGACAGGUAUGACUGGAGGUGUUGCCAGAGAUGAUACAGAGGCCAGCACCAGGGAAACUGUUGAGGAUGUGGAGCCUGAGAGGGCCAAGUCUGUGCAGGAGAAGUUGGCUGAAGCCAUAAUGAAGGAGGCCCAGUGUGACUCAGAACCAGAAUUCAGUGACACCAGCACUGAGGAAGAGGAGGAACAGAACUGCCCUGGUGUGCAGGUACAAGAAAAUUUCACUGCCGCCCUUCCACAGUUACCCUGCACAAAGAUCAAGGUCACUGAUGAGCAACCAGUGGGCGCUGAAGGAGAAGCUCCUGUAAAGGACAUUGAGGAUGAGAUGAAUGCUAACUUUGUGGAGAAUCAGAAAGUAGAAGAUACCACAGAGCUGCCUCAGGAGGCACAGGAGCCAGGUUUUGAAACAGAAGAUGAAAAGAUGGAGGAAACCUCAACAAAAACUGAGCUUCAGGAACAAAAAACUUCGAGAAUGGUCCUGGAAAAUUCUGAGGAGGUCCUGCAGGAAAGUGAAAACAAUGUAAAGGAGAACAAAAUGGAGAUGGCAGCCACAGAGACAGGGGAAAACCAGACAGAUGAGUCUGGUGAAGCCCAUGCUGAAGGCACAGAUUAUAAUUUUAUGGCAGUGUGUGAAGGCAAAGCAGAGGAGAAUGAAAACAAUGACAAUGCCGAAGACAAUGAGACUCGAGGAGAAGGAACUGAAGAUGGAGGAGACCUAAGUGCAGCGGAGGUAGCUGUAUCUAACAUGUAUGAUGAUGAGGCAAAAGCUGAGGAUGAAUGGACUGCAGUGGAGGCAAACAAGACUGAGGAAGGUGACACAGAUGCGUCAGAACACAAUGAAAGCAGUGGCCGCGAAAAGGGAGAAAUUCUAGAGCACACUACAGAAGGAGACACUGAAGAGACAAAUGAAAAAAAUGACACCAUAGGACAGAGUGAUGAACUGACAGAGGCUGAACUAGAGGCACCUACAGAAGAAGAAAGGAACUUAGACAAGCUCAGCACAUUGGAAGAUGGAAGUGGACAUACAGAGCAAGAAGAAAAUCAUGAUACCAUUCAGCAAGAUAAAGCUCAGACUGGGGAGGAAGAUGAUGAUUUUAAUAUUAAAAAAACAAGUGCCCAGGAGAACCAGGUUAAUGAUGAAGACAAUACAGAUAUGGUAGCAAUAGGUGAGAACAAUAAUGAGGUACAAGAGGAGCCAACAGAAGAAGCAGACUCUGUAGCUGAACAGGACAGCAGUAGUACUAUGGUUCUACCGGCAACAGACGAGGAAGCAACCACAGAUCAGCCAGCAAUAGUUAAAGAGGAACAAAAACCCCCAGACUAUGAGGAUAAGUCUGAAAACUUACUCAAAAUGACAGUAGAAACAGAGACUAAGAAUGAAGAGUUGGAUGAAAAAGAGGGAGACAUAGAUCUUAAGGAAAAUGAUUCAGAACCUAAGGAAAUGGGAUCCAAAGAUGAGCUGCAUGUGGAAGAACAAAUAGAACUAGAAAAUAACACUGAGAUGGUGAAUGGGAAUAUGGAUACAGAAUUAGAGUGUGAAACUGAGACAGUUGUUGAGACUGAAGUUGAGCAGACUGUAGUUGAAAAUGAGAAUGACAGAUCAAACUUAACAGAGACAGUUGUUAAAUCACAUACAGUAGAAGAAGACAGAGUUCAAGCAGAAGAGUGUGAGGGUGAUAAUGGAAGUGUUUUCCUUGAUGCAGACCAAAGUCAUAGCCGAACAAAAGAUCUACAAGGCCAGGACGCUGAAAGCAAUGAAUCGGAAAAAGAGCAAGAAGCAGAAACGGUAAUGCCAAGAAGCAUGAAAGCUGAAAAUGGAGAGAUGCGGGUCCUUGAGAUUGAAGAACAGGAGGAAACCAAAGCAGAACUGGUCAUGACAGAAGAAGGAGUAAAAGCAGAAUUAGUCAAGUCAGAAGGUAAUACAGAACAACCUCAGAAUGAUGCUAGUGAAACAGACGAAAAGCAAAAACUGGAAAGUGAAGAAAAGGGUAUUCCGGGAGCAAACAUAGAAAAUGAAAAUGAGGAAACUAAGACAUCACCAGAAGAACAUGAGGAGACUCAAGAUCUACUUGAAGGAAGCACUGAUGGCAUAAAUAAACAAGGGCCAACAGAUGUGGCUGAUACAAACAUCACUGAGGCUGAAUCUGAGUUGAAAGCACAAGAUGAGCAGCAUGAUCAGGUGCAACCUUUAAUGGAAAGUGAUCCCAACAAUGUGCUAGACACAGAAAAUGAUGGCAGGGAUCCCACCAUAGCUAAGAAGAAAGACUAUGAAAAUGAAGCAAAUGUGGAGGAAUACUGUAUGGUUGAUGGAGGAAACAGAGAUGAACAAGUAAUAGCAGAAGGUCAAUCAGACAUCAUGGAGAACAGAUUGGAGAUUACUGAGCCUACAGUGAUUGAAGAGCUAGACGUGUUAAAUGAGACCGAGAGCAGAAAAGCUGAAAGAGAGGAAAAAGUGAAUAAAUCAGAAUUGAAUGAUUUCAAUGACAUAUCUGAGGAGGAAGUAAAAACAGAACAGAAUGAAGAGACCAUUGAUACCCAUGGUACACCCAAUUUGUUAACACAGUCUGUAGGUCAGUUCAUGAAUACUGAAUGUGAACCAGAAGCUGUAAUUGAUGAUGAUGUGUUUAACACUACAUCUGAUGUGAAAAAUGCAGAAGCUACAGCUAAAGAGGAUGACAAGGAUCACGUGACUAACUUGGAAGACAAAGAGGCAGAAGUGCCUAGCUAUGAAGAGGAAUCCUUGCAUGAGGACAAAGCUGAUUCUCAGCCCCUGGUCACAGAACCUAGAGAUGGGGAGGAUACAUCUGAGCUCAGAAGCAAUCACUCCAAAGACGAAGAAGCAGGAGGAUUAAGGGCUACUCAAGGCAUGUCAGAUGAUGAUACAGAGAAAUACAGUACAGAGGCUGUUCCAAAAACUGAAGACCAGAGCAAAGACAAAGUUGAAAGUUCAGUGUCCCACUCUGAACUAGAAUAUAGAGGCGAAACACAGUAAGCAUUUCUCUAUGCUGACACUAUGAAAGCUUUAUUGACAAUUGCUAAGGAGGAAUUAAAACAUUUCAACCAUAGUUCAAGGGGACCUAGUAGUAUAACUGAAGACAAGAGGAUACACAGAAAAUAUUUACAUUGUAAUAUGAAGAACUCCAUAAUUGUGUCACACAGAUGCUUGUUUCUACUACGCUAAUGUUAAAAUAACUGAAAUAGGAUGGUUUCCUAAUCUGUAAAAUUUAGACUCAAAAGAAAGAAUUCAUAAGGUGGUAAUUUAUUCUUGAAUUUUGUCUUUACAGGACUCUUGAGUCCUGGACAUAAGGAGCAGAAUUUACUUUAAAUUCUGUGUUAGUUAUUGUUAUGUGUAGUUUUGGUUGCUUUUCGCUCAUGUGCUGAAUCAGAAUCAGUGUGGGAGUAAGCUGCAAAACCAUUCACAAGUCAUGGUGUCUAUGUCCAAGCACAACAUUCAAACACUACAGCUUCUGUUAGUGAAAAUAAGAGCCAAGCUCUCAAUCAGUUGCACUCUUGGAAAAAUCAAUUAUUUUAUUUCCCAUGAUAAUGGAGACUCAUGAUCAAUAUUGCAAAGUGGUUAGCAGUUGAGGUGUAAGUGGCAUUCUGAUUAUUGCCUUCCCUGCCAUCGUAACAGACUUUGACAGUGGUCAGACUCAUCUUUUCUAAGAGUCCUGCAGAAGGUCUAGUUAUUAUUCUGAAAUGGACAGCACACAGGCCACACAGCUCAUCUCAAAUAAUUCAACAACAGAAUAUGAUUCCCUACCCACAUCCUUUUCCUUACCCACACAGUCUUACGUUUGUACCACACAAUGUCACUAUCUCAAGAACCUCUAUUGUCAAGGUCUGGUGUCAGUGUGUUGCUACUGAACCAGGUAUAGUAAAUGAAAACUUUGCGUGAUCCAUCAAAAAGUAUAUGAAUCACUUGCACUUAAUAUUUGCACUUUUGGCUGUGGAUCUAAUGGGAUUUGAGGUAAAUUAUACACCCAGGGUCUAUCAGUAUAGGUAAUUUAUUUGUCCAGCGGAAAAAAAUAUUUAUUUUUCUAUGUCUUAAAUGUUCCUCCAAAGGAAGAAUUAUAUUUCUUGUAAUAAGGUGUGUUUGAACUUCAUCACUCAUCAUUUUAGUUAGAUAUUGCUUAAGUAUUUCAUCUUCAUGUCACAAUAUAAACAUGAAUUAUACCCAUUCAGCUGGCAACUCAAUAAAAUGAAGCUGGUCAUAUGUAACACUGAGGAUUUUGUUUUUGUUUUUUUUUUUCUGUUGUGAAUUUGGUAGUUGUCAGUAUAUUAACUCAAAACAAAUGUAGAAAAUUUUUCUGUUCUUCAACUACUGCUCAGAUAACCAUGUUACAACAAAGGCUUAUAUGAUCUGUAGAGAGCCAAAUUAUUUUCACAUUUUACACAGGAAACAAAGGAGAUUGUCAGUAGACUUUUCACAUGUUCACUGUAGACUCCUCUUUACAAAAUUCUCACUCUAUUUUCCAGUUUUAUCUGGUUUAUCUGGUUAAUUUGUCAUGUAGUGUGUUACAAAUAAGUAUUAUUUUUGAAUAAAUCUAUAUAUCGCAA